AUGAUCUCACUGAAAAAGCCUUAUGUAGAUUUAAAUCUACAACAGUUUAUUACACAAAACCGAUUACCGGUUAUAUACUGCUUCUGGAUACUUUUAGAUCCUAAAAUUGGUCUUGAUGAAGCAUAUAUGUUUGAGGAUUAUGAUCGUAAGUUUAAUAAAAGUAUGUUAGAUUACAAAUUAAUAAAUUCAUUAAUUAAGACAGUUGUUCAAUUCAUCCGAUUCAUAGUGUCAUCUACAAAUAAGUUUAAACAUGAUUCUUUGUGCGAAUGCAAUACAAAUGCUCGAAAUAUUCAUAAACAUUAUGAUUUCGACAAUAAUUUAAUAAUAUGUUUAUUCCUCAACCCAUUUAUGACUCACUCUUGCACUGUACAAAUAGGGAAAUACAGGAAAUUCACAUUAGAAAUAGGCUGCGGUUGGGGAGCAUGUAGAGGUCAUGCCUACAAAUAUUAUGGUUGCAGAUGGACAGGACUAACCACUUCUUUCGGACAAUACAAAAUAAGUCUACGAAGAAUGAAUGACAACAGAUUGCAAGACCAAGGUGUUGUCAAAUUUUUGCCUCAGUUUUUCGAAUCAUUGCGUGAUCGAUUAUGUCCAGGUUGUAAACCUUACAAGUAA